GUGGGGCAGAAAGGGUGACAGAAAGAGGAAGGACUGGACAGACAAAGAGCGAGAGCAAACGAAAAAGAAAAAAAACACAGACAACAGUAAAACAGCAGAGAUAUAAAAGUGUUGAUUCCUGAGGUCAAAGGUCAACUUCAUAUUAGUCACAUGACUAAAACCAGGAAAAGGAGAAGUGGGAUCACUCCACAGCCUGCUUUAUCUUUACAGUGCAGCAGAAACAAAGCUUGCUGGACAGUAAUGAACCAACUUAUCGAAAGAUGAUAAGAAACUUGCUGGAACAUGAGGUCUCCCCAGAUGAGGAUUGUCACCAAAGAGUGUCUGUGGACCUAAUCUUGCAUCUCUCACUCAUACCAGCAGUGUUGAUUGCAGGGGUGCUGUCAUUCCUUCAGAAAAGAGCCCAGAGGCUGGCCAUUGAUGACAGACUGCCAUUCCUAGAUCGACGGUUUGCUAUAGUUGUGCCUUUGGAUACUGUAGGCAGCCUCAGUAAUCGUUGGUCUUAUGGCUUUGCCUUUGGGGCCGUAUCAAGCAGCGUCUUGCUCCUGUUCUCUGAAAGCUACGUCCCAAUCACUGUUCCAACCUGGGCCAGAGCUUUUGUGUACCUGAUUGGAGCUUUAGAAGUGGGCUUGGUGUAUUUCCCUUUCUUUGCCUGUCUGUCCACGCCAUUCAGAAUGACAGGGGCAGUGCUGGGAAUACUCUACUCUCUAUUUUGGAUAGGAAUUACAGCCUGGGAAACAGUCACUUGUCCCAGUGGUAAGAUACUGGGUAAAUACCAGAAGGUGAUUUCCCAGUGGCCCCGUAUGCUCUCCCUCAUCUUCCUCUUCGGGCGAUUUAUUUACAUCCUGGUCAAAGCUAUUCGAAUACGCCUGCACAUGGAACAAGAGGACUCUGCAGAGCUAACUGAGCAACACCAGGUUCAGCAUGUUAAGAGACUGCUGCGAAAGACGCCCAGACAUAGUAUGCCACUUACCUGGUUCCAGAGGAGAGUUUAUGAGUGGGACCCCUACUUCAAGUUUCCCAGCAGAAUCAUUGGCACUGUCGUAAUAUCCCUAAUAGGCCUAUAUACAAUGACACUAGCAGACUACAGUGUCAGUAGUUCUACUUUUGACAAAAUUGAAACUUGGAAAAAUACACUGAAAGAUGUGGUUACCGCAUGUAAUGAGACAGAAUCCCUGGGAUACAUGGUACCACAGCUGGAAGAAUUUAUCGUCGUGGCCAGGAAGUCCUGGCUAGCCACCACCAUCUUUGCCAGUCUUAACUCUGUUGCCUACACAUUCCAUGUUUUGGUGUGUUACAGAAAACACUUAAGGAGGCUCUGGAAAGGACAGAAAUUCUUUCUUCCUGAGAAGUUUCAUAAGCCUAGAUCUGCUACGAGUGUGGCUUCCAUUGCAAGAUACUCAGGCUGGCAAAUCGCUUUCACACUGUGGGGCUACCUGAUUGUCCAUUUUGUCCACUUCCUAUUCGCUUUGCUGAUUGCUUACGUGGUGGUUCUUCCUAUAAUGAAUGGGAAAGUGCUUAGCAUGCUCUCCACACUGGGAACUAUAUUUCUGACCAUAUGCAUUGUGAUUAGCCUGGUGAUUCUGCAAAUAAUUUUGGUUCAGAUCUUCUUCCUUCAGAACAAAAUAGAUGCCACAGACAAAGAGAAACCUCUGGCCCUCAACAACAGGAAGGCAUUUCACUGCUUCAACUACUUCUUCUUUUUCUACAACGUGGUUAUGGGGAUGACCACCUGCAUACUGAGGCUUCUUUUAAGCAUUGUGGUGGGAACAUGGUUGGUGUCUCGCAUAGACCGAACUAUUAUGCAGAGGGGGUAUGAGAACAUGGAUGCUGGCUACACUACAUGGAUUGGGAUGAUCUUUGCUGACCAUUAUCACAACAACCCAGUCAUGGUAUCUUUCUGUCAGAUGCUGGUGUCAAGUACGCUGCAGAGACACAAUUCAUCUGCUUACUCCACAUUCGACAAUAAUGUGUCAGAACCCCCUGUGAACAGUCGGGCCAGGAGGCGUUGGGCUUUGCUUUACACAUUACUAAGGAACCCUCCCCUGAUCAUGCUAAGAAAGCACCACCGCUCCUCAUCAUCUCCCCCAGCAGACACAGUGCUGCAGGCUUGGAUUUUGGCAUCUCAAACACAGAGGCAACAGGCAUUGUCAGAGCUGCCACCAGAGAUCAAACUGCCACCAGAAGAAGAUUGUUAAUAACAGAUUUGAUUCUGGUUCUUUAAAAAAAUAUAAACUGGAAUCCAAUGAAUGAUGAAGACCUUUAAUGGAGACUUGUUAUAAAGCAGAAGGAAAACGAUGUUGCUUUCACUUCGUUUUUCAGCACUGCCAUCUGACUAACCUAGAUAAUCUCACUACCUGUUAUGUCACCAGCUGAGAGUGCCAUAAAUAAGUUAAACUGUAUUCUGUGGGUUUGAUGUGUGUAUUGUUUUCACAAAUACAUAGUUUUUACUCAGACUUGGCACAAGAAUUCAAACAUGAGUUCAUGCCAUCUCUUUCCCUGACUCAGAAUGAAAGCAUCUGCUGUGAAGGCAAAUUAAAAAAAAUAUAAAUGUGUAAAUGCAGGGAUAAACAAACCUUUGUAUAUUGUCACAACCUCUAUAACAUCUCGAGUUGGAGGUGGCCAUACAGUUACUUGACCUACACUACACAGCUAUUGUGCUGUUGUGCUGUAGCAUAAAAUCUAACUGCUAAUAAACACUACUUUUCCUUAAA